AUGACAGACGAAACGCUCCUCAACACCGCCCACACCGUAUACGACCAAACGCAUACCAAAUCCCGCACACACCUGCACACAAUGCACACCUCAGACACAUCCGACUCAACGACAACAUACACAGCCACACCAACGCCCACUCUUACUACGACGCAUACACACUCACACAGUCCACUGCACAACACCACACUACACCAAACACCAACCAUUGCAACCAACACCCACAUGAUAGACACCACAUACAAUCAUACUUCACCCACACACUACACCACACAUACACCCACUCACACAUCCAUCUCCACGCCUACGUACACACCCACUCACAAUUACACUAACACAACCGCAUACACACCCACCAACAAUCCAACACACACGCCCACAUCGACUCACACACUCACACCUACUCACACGCUACCUACCAUAUCUUCCACACACAGUAGCAACACCAUGACCACGCAACAUGCUACCACCAAUUAUACUGCGACCACAAACAACACAAAUACCACACCAUACCAUCAUCCCAGCCAAACCAACAUACAUUACGCCGCCAUCACAAACACAAACACAUACGCCUACACCACCAGUACCACUGCUCAUGCGGAUGAAAAUACCAAUACAACCACACAUACCGACAGCCUCAGCAACAACACUACUCAAACCGACAUCGCUACUUUCAGCACCACUCCAACUGCAUCCACACCAACACCAACACCUCACACUCCACACCAUACCCACCAAUACCAUCACACCAAACUCACAACCGGAACCAUACACACUCACGCAAGCACAAACACCAGCGACUAUCAGACAUCCCCACUGCGGAUGCUCACAUCAACACCACACUCAUACACCAACAACAACACCGACACAAACACUCACGCCGACCCCAACGCCAUGCACACACAGGCACAAUACGACUACACAGACACAACCAAUGCACCACCAUCCACACACACUCUACUUCACAAAGACUACGACCAAAUGCACAUACACAACACCACCUCAACACCUCUCACACUUUCAACAACCAACACUACCACACACACAUACUGGCCGCACAAAGACACACCAUUACUCAGCCAAUCGCACUCUAUCACGCACAACAACACUUCCACAUACAAUCCAACAGACACAAAUACGACACAUACAGCCACUCUUGCAUCACAGCCCACUGACACAUUCACAAACACCAAUUCCACUACCUUUCACACCACUACUCCAAUUUCAACCCUCACCACAAACAACCGCACUGCACGCACACACCCACAUUCUGACGCAUUACCCUCCCAAUCCGACACAGAUUAUACAAACACAACAAGCACCACUACUUCAACAAACACAAUCUCCGCUACAACACAUUCACCCUACACUUACAUCAGCGCCCCAUCCACAAACACAACAAUCACCAACACAGAUACACAAGCCACAUCAGAACACCAUACCCAAUAUACCACCCAACACGCUCACUACAUCAAUACGUCUACCACUUACCAUAACACUUCCAAUGCCAAUGCAACAGACAAUAUGACAGACGAAACGCUCCUCAACACCGCCCACACCGUAUACGACCAAACGCAUACCAAAUCCCGCACACACCUGCACACAAUGCACACCUCAGACACAUCCGACUCAACGACAACAUACACAGCCACACCAUCGCCCACUCAUACUACGACGCAUACACACUCACACAGUCCACUGCACAACACCACACUACACCAAACACCAACCAUUGCAACCAACACCCACAUGAUAGACACCACAUACAAUCAUACUUCACCCACACACUACACCACACAUACACCCACUCACACAUCCAUCUCCACGCCUACCCAAACCAACAUACAUUACGCCGCCAUCACAAACACAAACACAUACGCCUACACCAACAGUACCACUGCCCAUCCGGAUGAAAAUACCAAUACAACCACACAUACCGACAGCCUCAGCAACAACACUACUCAAACCGACAUCGCUACUUUCAGCACCACUCCAACUGCAUCCACACCAACACCAACACCUCACACUCCACACCAUACCCACCAAUACGAUCACACCAAACUCACAACCGGAACCAUACACACUCACGCAAGCACAAACACCAGCGACUAUCAGACAUCCCCACUGCGGAUGCUCACAUCAACACCACACUCAUACACCAACAACAACACCGACACAAACACUCACGCCGACCCCAACGCCAUGCACACACAGGCACAAUACGACUACACAGACACAACCAAUGCACCACCAUCCACACACACUCUACUUCACAAAGACUACGACCAAAUGCACAUACACAACACCACCUCAACACCUCUCACACUUUCUACAACCAACACUACCACACACACAUACUGGCCGCACAAAGACACACCAUUACUCAGCCAAUCGCACUCUAUCACGCACAACAACACUUCCACAUACAAUCCAACAGACACAAAUACGACACAUACAGCCACUCUUGCAUCACAGCCCACUGACACAUUCACAAACACCAAUUCCACUACCUUUCACACCACUACUCCAAUUUCAACCCUCACCACAAACAACCGCACUGCACGCACACACCCACAUUCUGACGCAUUACCCUCCCAAUCCGACACAGAUUAUACAAACACAACAAGCACCACUACUUCAACAAACACAAUCUCCGCUACAACACAUUCACCCUACACUUACAUCAGCGCCCCAUCCACAAACACAACAAUCACCAACACAGAAACACAAGCCACAUCAGAACACCAUACCCAAUAUACCACCCAACACGCUCACUACAUCAAUACGUCUACCACUUACCAUAACACUUCCAAUGCCAAUGCAACAGACAAUAUGACAGACGAAACACUCCUCAACACCGCCCACACCGUAUACGACCAAACGCAUACCAAAUCCCGCACACACCUGCACACAAUGCACACCUCAGACACAUCCGACUCAACGACAACAUACACAGCCACACCAUCGCCCACUCAUACUACGACGCAUACACACUCACAUAGUCCACUGCACAACACCACACUACACCAAACACCAACCAUUGCAACCAACACCCACAUGAUAGACACCACAUACAAUCAUACUUCACCCACACACUACACCACACAUACACCCACUCACACAUCCAUCUCCACGCCUACGUACACACCCACUCACAAUUACACAAACUCAACCGCACACACACCCACCAACAAUCCAACACACACGCCCACAUCGACUCACACAUUCACACCUACUCAUACGCUAACUACCAUAUCUUCCACACACAGUAGCAACACCAUGACCACGCAACAUGCCACCACCAAUUAUACUGCGACCACAAACAACACAAAUACCACACCAUACCAUCAUCCCAGCCAAACCAACAUACAUUACGCCGCCAUCACAAACACAAACACAUACGCCUACACCACCAGUACCACUGCUCAUCCGGAUGAAAAUACCAAUACAACCACACAUACCGACAGCCUCAGCAACAACACUUCUCAAACCGACAUCGCUACUUUCAGCACCACUCCAACUGCAUCCACACCAACACCAACACCUCACACUCCACACCAUACCCACCAAUACCAUCACACCAAACUCACAACCGGAACCAUACACACUCACGCAAGCACAAACACCAGCGACUAUCAGACAUCCCCACUGCGGAUGCUCACAUCAACACCACACUCAUACACCAACAACAACACCGACACAAACACUCACGCCGACCCCAACGCCAUGCACACACAGGCACAAUACGACUACACAGACACAACCAAUGCACCACCAUCCACACACACUCUACUUCACAAAGACUACGACCAAAUGCACAUACACAACACCACCUCAACACCUCUCACACUUUCAACAACCAACACUACCACACACACAUACUGGCCGCACAAAGACACACCAUUACUCAGCCAAUCGCACUCUAUCACGCACAACAACACUUCCACAUACAAUCCAACAGACACAAAUACGACACAUACAGCCACUCUUGCAUCAAAGCCCACUGACACAUUCACAAACACCAAUUCCACUACCUUUCACACCACUACUCCAAUUUCAACCCUCACCACAAACAACCGCACUGCACGCACACACCCACAUUCUGACGCAUUACCCUCCCAAUCCGACACAGAUUAUACAAACACAACAAGCAUCACUACUUCAACAAACACAAUCUCCGCUACAACACAUUCACCCUACACUUACAUCAGCGCCCCAUCCACAAACACAACAAUCACCAACACAGAAACACAAGCCACAUCAGAACACCAUACCCAAUAUACCACCCAACACGCUCACUACAUCAAUACGUCUACCACUUACCAUAACACUUCCAAUGCCAAUGCAACAGACAAUAUGACAGACGAAACGCUCCUCAACACCGCCCACACCGUAUACGACCAAACGCAUACCAAAUCCCGCACACACCUGCACACAAUGCACACCUCAGACACAUCCGACUCAACGACAACAUACACAGCCACACCAUCGCCCACUCAUACUACGACGCAUACACACUCACAUAGUCCACUGCACAACACCACACUACACCAAACACCAACCAUUGCAACCAACACCCACAUGAUAGACACCACAUACAAUCAUACUUCACCCACACACUACACCACACAUACACCCACUCACACAUCCAUCUCCACGCCUACGUACACACCCACUCACAAUUACACAAACUCAACCGCACACACACCCACCAACAAUCCAACACACACGCCCACAUCGACUCACACAUUCACACCUACUCACACGCUACCUACCAUAUCUUCCACACACAGUAGCAACACCAUGACCACGCAACAUGCUACCACCAAUUAUACUGCGACCACAAACAACACAAAUACCACACCAUACCAUCAUCCCAGCCAAACCAACAUACAUUACGCCGCCAUCACAAACACAAACACAUACGCCUACACCACCAGUACCACUGCCCAUCCGGAUGAAAAUACCAAUACAACCACACAUACCGACAGCCUCAGCAACAACACUACUCAAACCGACAUCGCUACUUUCAGCACCACUCCAACUGCAUCCACACCAACACCAACACCUCACACUCCACACCAUACCCACCAAUACGAUCACACCAAACUCACAACCGGAACCAUACACACUCACGCAAGCACAAACACCAGCGACUAUCAGACAUCCCCACUGCGGAUGCUCACAUCAACACCACACUCAUACACCAACAACAACACCGACACAAACACUCACGCCGACCCCAACGCCAUGCACACACAGGCACAAUACGACUACACAGACACAACCAAUGCACCACCAUCCACACACACUCUACUUCACAAAGACUACGACCAAAUGCACAUACACAACACCACCUCAACACCUCUCACACUUUCAACAACCAACACUACCACACACACAUACUGGCCGCACAAAGACACACCAUUACUCAGCCAAUCGCACUCUAUCACGCACAACAACACUUCCACAUACAAUCCAACAGACACAAAUACGACACAUACAGCCACUCUUGCAUCACAGCCCACUGACACAUUCACAAACACCAAUUCCACUACCUUUCACACCACUACUCCAAUUUCAACCCUCACCACAAACAACCGCACUGCACGCACACACCCACAUUCUGACGCAUUACCCUCCCAAUCCGACACAGAUUAUACAAACACAACAAGCAUCACUACUUCAACAAACACAAUCUCCGCUACAACACAUUCACCCUACACUUACAUCAGCGCCCCAUCCACAAACACAACAAUCACCAACACAGAUACACAAGCCACAUCAGAACACCAUACCCAAUAUACCACCCAACACGCUCACUACAUCAAUACGUCUACCACUUACCAUAACACUUCCAAUGCCAAUGCAACAGACAAUAUGACAGACGAAACGCUCCUCAACACCGCCCACACCGUAUACGACCAAACGCAUACCAAAUCCCGCACACACCUGCACACAAUGCACACCUCAGACACAUCCGACUCAACGACUACAUACACAGCCACACCAACGCCCACUCUUACUACGACGCAUACACACUCACACAGUCCACUGCACAACACCACACUACACCAAACACCAACCAUUGCAACCAACACCCACAUGAUAGACACCACAUACAAUCAUACUUCACCCACACACUACACCACACAUACACCCACUCACACAUCCAUCUCCACGCCUACGUACACACCCACUCACAAUUACACUAACACAACCGCACACACACCCACCAACAAUCCAACACACACGCCCACAUCGACUCACACAUUCACACCUACUCAUACGCUACCUACCAUAUCUUCCACACACAGUAGCAACACCAUGACCACGCAACAUGCUACCACCAAUUAUACUGCGACCACAAACAACACAAAUACCACACCAUACCAUCAUCCCAGCCAAACCAACAUACAUUACGCCGCCAUCACAAACACAAACACAUACGCCUACACCACCAGUACCACUGCUCAUGCGGAUGAAAAUACCAAUACAACCACACAUACCGACAGCCUCAGCAACAACACUACUCAAACCGACAUCGCUACUUUCAGCACCACUCCAACUGCAUCCACACCAACACCAACACCUCACACUCCACACCAUACCCACCAAUACGAUCACACCAAACUCACAACCGGAACCAUACACACUCACGCAAGCACAAACACCAGCGACUAUCAGACAUCCCCACUGCGGAUGCUCACAUCAACACCACACUCAUACACCAACAACAACACCGACACAAACACUCACGCCGACCCCAACGCCAUGCACACACAGGCACAAUACGACUACACAGACACAACCAAUGCACCACCAUCCACACACACUCUACUUCACAAAGACUACGACCAAAUGCACAUACACAACACCACCUCAACACCUCUCACAAUUUCAACAACCAACACUACCACACACACAUACUGGCCGCACAAAGACACACCAUUACUCAGCCAAUCGCACUCUAUCACGCACAACAACACUUCCACAUACAAUCCAACAGACACAAAUACGACACAUACAGCCACUCUUGCAUCAAAGCCCACUGACACAUUCACAAACACCAAUUCCACUACCUUUCACACCACUACUCCAAUUUCAACCCUCACCACAAACAACCGCACUGCACGCACACACCCACAUUCUGACGCAUUACCCUCCCAAUCCGACACAGAUUAUACAAACACAACAAGCAUCACUACUUCAACAAACACAAUCUCCGCUACAACACAUUCACCCUACACUUACAUCAGCGCCCCAUCCACAAACACAACAAUCACCAACACAGAAACACAAGCCACAUCAGAACACCAUACCCAAUAUACCACCCAACACGCUCACUACAUCAAUACGUCUACCACUUACCAUAACACUUCCAAUGCCAAUGCAACAGACAAUAUGACAGACGAAACACUCCUCAACACCGCCCACACCGUAUACGACCAAACGCAUACCAAAUCCCGCACACACCUGCACACAAUGCACACCUCAGACACAUCCGACUCAACGACAACAUACACAGCCACACCAUCGCCCACUCAUACUACGACGCAUACACACUCACACAGUCCACUGCACAACACCACACUACACCAAACACCAACCAUUGCAACCAACACCCACAUGAUAGACACCACAUACAAUCAUACUUCACCCACACACUACACCACACAUACACCCACUCACACAUCCAUCUCCACGCCUACGUACACACCCACUCACAAUUACACAAACUCAACCGCACACACACCCACCAACAAUCCAACACACACGCCCACAUCGACCCACACAUUCACACCUACUCACACGCUACCUACCAUAUCUUCCACACACAGUAGCAACACCAUGACCACGCAACAUGCUACCACCAAUUAUACUGCGACCACAAACAACACAAAUACCACACCAUACCAUCAUCCCAGCCAAACCAACAUACAUUACGCCGCCAUCACAAACACAAACACAUACGCCUACACCACCAGUACCACUGCUCAUCCGGAUGAAAAUACCAAUACAACCACACAUACCGACAGCCUCAGCAACAACACUACUCAAACCGACAUCGCUACUUUCAGCACCACUCCAACUGCAUCCACACCAACACCAACACCUCACACUCCACACCAUACCCACCAAUACGAUCACACCAAACUCACAACCGGAACCAUACACACUCACGCAAGCACAAACACCAGCGACUAUCAGACAUCCCCACUGCGGAUGCUCACAUCAACACCACACUCAUACACCAACAACAACACCGACACAAACACUCACGCCGACCCCAACGCCAUGCACACACAGGCACAAUACGACUACACAGACACAACCAAUGCACCACCAUCCACACACACUCUACUUCACAAAGACUACGACCAAAUGCACAUACACAACACCACCUCAACACCUCUCACACUUUCUACAAACAACACUACCACACACACAUACUGGCCGCACAAAGACACACCAUUACUCAGCCAAUCGCACUCUAUCACGCACAACAACACUUCCACAUACAAUCCAACAGACACAAAUACGACACAUACAGCCACUCUUGCAUCACAGCCCACUGACACAUUCACAAACACCAAUUCCACUACCUUUCACACCACUACUCCAAUUUCAACCCUCACCACAAACAACCGCACUGCACGCACACACCCACAUUCUGACGCAUUACCCUCCCAAUCCGACACAGAUUAUACAAACACAACAAGCACCACUACUUCAACAAACACAAUCUCCGCUACAACACAUUCACCCUACACUUACAUCAGCGCCCCAUCCACAAACACAACAAUCACCAACACAGAAACACAAGCCACAUCAGAACACCAUACCCAAUAUACCACCCAACACGCUCACUACAGCAAUACGUCUACCACUUACCAUAACACUUCCAAUGCCAAUGCAACAGACAAUAUGACAGACGAAACACUCCUCAACACCGCCCACACCGUAUACGACCAAACGCAUACCAAAUCCCGCACACACCUGCACACAAUGCACACCUCAGACACAUCCGACUCAACGACAACAUACACAGCCACACCAUCGCCCACUCAUACUACGACGCAUACACACUCACAUAGUCCACUGCACAACACCACACUACACCAAACACCAACCAUUGCAACCAACACCCACAUGAUAGACACCACAUACAAUCAUACUUCACCCACACACUACACCACACAUACACCCACUCACACAUCCAUCUCCACGCCUACGUACACACCCACUCACAAUUACACAAACUCAACCGCACACACACCCACCAACAAUCCAACACACACGCCCACAUCGACUCACACAUUCACACCUACUCACACGCUAACUACCAUAUCUUCCACACACAGUAGCAACACCAUGACCACGCAACAUGCUACCACCAAUUAUACUGCGACCACAAACAACACAAAUACCACACCAUACCAUCAUCCCAGCCAAACCAACAUACAUUACGCCGCCAUCACAAACACAAACACAUACGCCUACACCACCAGUACCACUGCCCAUCCGGAUGAAAAUACCAAUACAACCACACAUACCGACAGCCUCAGCAACAACACUACUCAAACCGACAUCGCUACUUUCAGCACCACUCCAACUGCAUCCACACCAACACCAACACCUCACACUCCACACCAUACCCACCAAUACGAUCACACCAAACUCACAACCGGAACCAUACACACUCACGCAAGCACAAACACCAGCGACUAUCAGACAUCCCCACUGCGGAUGCUCACAUCAACACCACACUCAUACACCAACAACAACACCGACACAAACACUCACGCCGACCCCAACGCCAUGCACACACAGGCACAAUACGACUACACAGACACAACCAAUGCACCACCAUCCACACACACUCUACUUCACAAAGACUACGACCAAAUGCACAUACACAACACCACCUCAACACCUCUCACAAUUUCAACAACCAACACUACCACACACACAUACUGGCCGCACAAAGACACACCAUUACUCAGCCAAUCGCACUCUAUCACGCACAACAACACUUCCACAUACAAUCCAACAGACACAAAUACGACACAUACAGCCACUCUUGCAUCACAGCCCACUGACACAUUCACAAACACCAAUUCCACUACCUUUCACACCACUACUCCAAUUUCAACCCUCACCACAAACAACCGCACUGCACGCACACACCCACAUUCUGACGCAUUACCCUCCCAAUCCGACACAGAUUAUACAAACACAACAAGCAUCACUACUUCAACAAACACAAUCUCCGCUACAACACAUUCACCCUACACUUACAUCAGCGCCCCAUCCACAAACACAACAAUCACCAACACAGAAACACAAGCCACAUCAGAACACCAUACCCAAUAUACCACCCAACACGCUCACUACAGCAAUACGUCUACCACUUACCAUAACACUUCCAAUGCCAAUGCAACAGACAAUAUGACAGACGAAACGCUCCUCAACACCGCCCACACCGUAUACGACCAAACGCAUACCAAAUCCCGCACACACCUGCACACAAUGCACACCUCAGACACAUCCGACUCAACGACAACAUACACAGCCACACCAACGCCCACUCAUACUACGACGCAUACACACUCACACAGUCCACUGCACAACACCACACUACACCAAACACCAACCAUUGCAACCAACACCCACAUGAUAGACACCACAUACAAUCAUACUUCACCCACACACUACACCACACAUACACCCACUCACACAUCCAUCUCCACGCCUACGUACACACCCACUCACAAUUACACUAACACAACCGCACACACACCCACCAACAAUCCAACACACACGCCCACAUCGACUCACACAUUCACACCUACUCAUACGCUACCUACCAUAUCUUCCACACACAGUAGCAACACCAUGACCACGCAACAUGCCACCACCAAUUAUACUGCGACCACAAACAACACAAAUACCACACCAUACCAUCAUCCCAGCCAAACCAACAUACAUUACGCCGCCAUCACAAACACAAACACAUACGCCUACACCAACAGUACCACCGCCCAUGCGGAUGAAAAUACCAAUACAACCACACAUACCGACAGCCUCAGCAACAACACUACUCAAACCGACAUCGCUACUUUCAGCACCACUCCAACUGCAUCCACACCAACACCAACACCUCACACUCCACACCAUACCCACCAAUACGAUCACACCAAACUCACAACCGGAACCAUACACACUCACGCAAGCACAAACACCAGCGACUAUCAGACAUCCCCACUGCGGAUGCUCACAUCAACACCACACUCAUACACCAACAACAACACCGACACAAACACUCACGCCGACCCCAACGCCAUGCACACACAGGCACAAUACGACUACACAGACACAACCAAUGCAUCACCAUCCACACACACUCUACUUCACAAAGACUACGACCAAAUGCACAUACACAACACCACCUCAACACCUCUCACACUUUCAACAACCAACACUACCACACACACAUACUGGCCGCACAAAGACACACCAUUACUCAGCCAAUCGCACUCUAUCACGCACAACAACACUUCCACAUACAAUCCAACAGACACAAAUACGACACAUACAGCCACUCUUGCAUCACAGCCCACUGACACAUUCACAAACACCAAUUCCACUACCUUUCACACCACUACUCCAAUUUCAACCCUCACCACAAACAACCGCACUGCACGCACACACCCACAUUCUGACGCAUUACCCUCCCAAUCCGACACAGAUUAUACAAACACAACAAGCAUCACUACUUCAACAAACACAAUCUCCGCUACAACACAUUCACCCUACACUUACAUCAGCGCCCCAUCCACAAACACAACAAUCACCAACACAGAAACACAAGCCACAUCAGAACACCAUACCCAAUAUACCACCCAACACGCUCACUACAGCAAUACGUCUACCACUUACCAUAACACUUCCAAUGCCAAUGCAACAGACAAUAUGACAGACGAAACGCUCCUCAACACCGCCCACACCGUAUACGACCAAACGCAUACCAAAUCCCGCACACACCUGCACACAAUGCACACCUCAGACACAUCCGACUCAACGACAACAUACACAGCCACACCAACGCCCACUCUUACUACGACGCAUACACACUCACACAGUCCACUGCACAACACCACACUACACCAAACACCAACCAUUGCAACCAACACCCACAUGAUAGACACCACAUACAAUCAUACUUCACCCACACACUACACCACACAUACACCCACUCACACAUCCAUCUCCACGCCUACGUACACACCCACUCACAAUUACACAAACACAACCGCACACACACCCACCAACAAUCCAACACACACGCCCACAUCGACUCACACAUUCACACCUACUCAUACGCUACCUACCAUAUCUUCCACACACAGUAGCAACACCAUGACCACGCAACAUGCCACCACCAAUUAUACUGCGACCACAAACAACACAAAUACCACACCAUACCAUCAUCCCAGCCAAACCAACAUACAUUACGCCGCCAUCACAAACACAAACACAUACGCCUACACCACCAGUACCACUGCCCAUCCGGAUGAAAAUACCAAUACAACCACACAUACCGACAGCCUCAGCAACAACACUACUCAAACCGACAUCGCUACUUUCAGCACCACUCCAACUGCAUCCACACCAACACCAACACCUCACACUCCACACCAUACCCACCAAUACGAUCACACCAAACUCACAACCGGAACCAUACACACUCACGCAAGCACAAACACCAGCGACUAUCAGACAUCCCCACUGCGGAUGCUCACAUCAACACCACACUCAUACACCAACAACAACACCGACACAAACACUCACGCCGACCCCAACGCCAUGCACACACAGGCACAAUACGACUACACAGACACAACCAAUGCAUCACCAUCCACACACACUCUACUUCACAAAGACUACGACCAAAUGCACAUACACAACACCACCUCAACACCUCUCACACUUUCAACAACCAACACUACCACACACACAUACUGGCCGCACAAAGACACACCAUUACUCAGCCAAUCGCACUCUAUCACGCACAACAACACUUCCACAUACAAUCCAACAGACACAAAUACGACACAUACAGCCACUCUUGCAUCAAAGCCCACUGACACAUUCACAAACACCAAUUCCACUACCUUUCACACCACUACUCCAAUUUCAACCCUCACCACAAACAACCGCACUGCACGCACACACCCACAUUCUGACGCAUUACCCUCCCAAUCCGACACAGAUUAUACAAACACAACAAGCACCACUACUUCAACAAACACAAUCUCCGCUACAACACAUUCACCCUACACUUACAUCAGCGCCCCAUCCACAAACACAACAAUCACCAACACAGAUACACAAGCCACAUCAGAACACCAUACCCAAUAUACCACCCAACACGCUCACUACAGCAAUACGUCUACCACUUACCAUAACACUUCCAAUGCCAAUGCAACAGACAAUAUGACAGACGAAACGCUCCUCAACACCGCCCACACCGUAUACGACCAAACGCAUACCAAAUCCCGCACACACCUGCACACAAUGCACACCUCAGACACAUCCGACUCAACGACAACAUACACAGCCACACCAUCGCCCACUCAUACUACGACGCAUACACACUCACACAGUCCACUGCACAACACCACACUACACCAAACACCAACCAUUGCAACCAACACCCACAUGAUAGACACCACAUACAAUCAUACUUCACCCACACACUACACCACACAUACACCCACUCACACAUCCAUCUCCACGCCUACGUACACACCCACUCACAAUUACACUAACACAACCGCACACACACCCACCAACAAUCCAACACACACGCCCACAUCGACUCACACAUUCACACCUACUCACACGCUACCUACCAUAUCUUCCACACACAGUAGCAACACCAUGACCACGCAACAUGCUACCACCAAUUAUACUGCGACCACAAACAACACAAAUACCACACCAUACCAUCAUCCCAGCCAAACCAACAUACAUUACGCCGCCAUCACAAACACAAACACAUACGCCUACACCACCAGUACCACUGCCCAUGCAGGUGAAAAUACCAAUACAACCACACAUACCGACAGCCUCAGCAACAACACUACUCAAACCGACAUCGCUACUUUCAGCACCACUCCAACUGCAUCCACACCAACACCAACACCUCACACUCCACACCAUACCCACCAAUACGAUCACACCAAACUCACAACCGGAACCAUACACACUCACGCAAGCACAAACACCAGCGACUAUCAGACAUCCCCACUGCGGAUGCUCACAUCAACACCACACUCAUACACCAACAACAACACCGACACAAACACUCACGCCGACCCCAACGCCAUGCACACACAGGCACAAUACGACUACACAGACACAACCAAUGCACCACCAUCCACACACACUCUACUUCACAAAGACUACGACCAAAUGCACAUACACAACACCACCUCAACACCUCUCACACUUUCAACAACCAACACUACCACACACACAUACUGGCCGCACAAAGACACACCAUUACUCAGCCAAUCGCACUCUAUCACGCACAACAACACUUCCACAUACAAUCCAACAGACACAAAUACGACACAUACAGCCACUCUUGCAUCACAGCCCACUGACACAUUCACAAACACCAAUUCCACUACCUUUCACACCACUACUCCUAUUUCAACCCUCACCACAAACAACCGCACUGCACGCACACACCCACAUUCUGACGCAUUACCCUCCCAAUCCGACACAGAUUAUACAAACACAACAAGCACCACUACUUCAACAAACACAAUCUCCGCUACAACACAUUCACCCUACACGAACAUCAGCGCCCCAUCCACAAACACAACAAUCACCAACACAGAAACACAAGCCACAUCAGAACACCAUACCCAAUAUACCACCCAACACGCUCACUACAUCAAUACGUCUACCACUUACCAUAACACUUCCAAUGCCAAUGCAACAGACAAUAUGACAGACGAAACGCUCCUCAACACCGCCCACACCGUAUACGACCAAACGCAUACCAAAUCCCGCACACACCUGCACACAAUGCACACCUCAGACACAUCCGACUCAACGACAACAUACACAGCCACACCAUCGCCCACUCUUACUACGACGCAUACACACUCACACAGUCCACUGCACAACACCACACUACACCAAACACCAACCAUUGCAACCAACACCCACAUGAUAGACACCACAUACAAUCAUACUUCACCCACACACUACACCACACAUACACCCACUCACACAUCCAUCUCCACGCCUACGUACACACCCACUCACAAUUACACAAACACAACCGCACACACACCCACCAACAAUCCAACACACACGCCCACAUCGACUCACACAUUCACACCUACUCACACGCUACCUACCAUAUCUUCCACACACAGUAGCAACACCAUGACCACGCAACAUGCUACCACCAAUUAUACUGCGACCACAAACAACACAAAUACCACACCAUACCAUCAUCCCAGCCAAACCAACAUACAUUACGCCGCCAUUACAAACACAAACACAUACGCCUACACCACCAGUACCACUGCCCAUGCGGAUGAACAUACCAAUACAACCACACAUACCGACAGCCUCAGCAACAACACUACUCAAACCGACAUCGCUACUUUCAGCACCACUCCAACUGCAUCCACACCAACACCAACACCUCACACUCCACACCAUACCCACCAAUACGAUCACACCAAACUCACAACCGGAACCAUACACACUCACGCAAGCACAAACACCAGCGACUAUCAGACAUCCCCACUGCGGAUGCUCACAUCAACACCACACUCAUACACCAACAACAACACCGACACAAACACUCACGCCGACCCCAACGCCAUGCACACACAGGCACAAUACGACUACACAGACACAACCAAUGCACCACCAUCCACACACACUCUACUUCACAAAGACUACGACCAAAUGCACAUACACAACACCACCUCAACACCUCUCACACUUUCAACAACCAACACUACCACACACACAUACUGGCCGCACAAAGACACACCAUUACUCAGCCAAUCGCACUCUAUCACGCACAACAACACUUCCACAUACAAUCCAACAGACACAAAUACGACACAUACAGCCACUCUUGCAUCACAGCCCACUGACACAUUCACAAACACCAAUUCCACUACCUUUCACACCACUACUCCUAUUUCAACCCUCACCACAAACAACCGCACUGCACGCACACACCCACAUUCUGACGCAUUACGCUCUAUACCGGACAUUGUUUACACUACCACUCCAGUUACAGCGAUGUCUUCAACCGGUGGUGCGCAAUCCCUCUCUACCGAUAGUUUUAGGGAAGCAUUGCUUUCAUCAGCUACUGUGGACUUCAGUGCUGGAGAGAAUUCAAUGCAAAUGUUUUUCCUCUUCGUUACUGCCACCCCACCGAUGCCCACCAUCGCUAGGCCCGUACUGGUCUCUCAAGCUCCUACGUCCUUCGCGGUGGUUGCCAAUAUCCUCCAUCCUUGGAGAGAAGCGUACAGGGAUCCGUCUUCUUUGCCCUCUAGGAAUCUGUCGCUGAUGGUUUGUGGAAUGGUGAGUCGACUCCCUAACGAAAAUUCUGUUUUAGCACUUCGCUAA